AAGAAAGCGCCUAUAUUCUGGCAGUUUAUAGGUUGGUAAAAUUUGGUAAACAUAACCUAAAAAAAAUUGUUUGAAUUUAUAAAUCUUUUUUGAAUAACAAAACCCUUGUUCCUGGUACUACUAAUAAUGUGUGAAAUUCUAUUGAAUAUUCUCAGACCGAAACUAGGAAAUGUGGCCUACAAAAACUUUUACUUUUUCAGUACCAAAGUACUACCUGAAAAACCAAAAACCCCAGACACUACGGCCAGAGAAGCCCUACAAAAAAUACUGAAAAUUAAUGCCUUUGAAGCACUGAAACUAUUAUCGGCCCACAGAAAAUUGUCAAUCUUACACAGCGAUUUGUUGAAAAAUAAUUACAAAAUAUGCAAGCAAAACAGGUUGAGCAAAAAGUCUAUUAGGAAUUAUCCUUGUGUUUUAAGCGAGAGAAAUCUGGACAGUAAAAUUGAUAAAUUGAAAUUGUUGCCUUUGAAUCUUAAUGUGAGUUUACCUUUAGUGCAACUUCCUCAAAAGACUUUAAGCUUGGUAAAAAUGAAUAUUAAUGAUUUCAUGAAUAAGUUGAAGAGUUUCAGUACAACAUUUGAGUUACCAUUGGACAAAACUUGCGAAAUCUUUUCAAAAAGAUUAUUUCUAAUAUCAAAAUCUUCAAAAGAAAUCAAGGAUAUUUUAAAUUUGUAUUACGAGCACGGUUUCACAAAGGAGGACAUCUUGAAGGACUUAUGGAUUUUGAAAUACAGUAACGAUUUCAUAAUAAAUCGUUUGAAAUUUAUUCAGAAUCAGGAGAAGUGUGUAAUGAAAACUUGGAUGUUGAGAUGUCCAGAAGACACCCUUAUCAAGCAUAUAAGGCGCCAAUCUGAAAACCGCGUCAUUCUAGGAGAAAACUCCCUGGUGCAAUAUUUAUCAAAAAAACUUCAUUGCGGUGAAGCCAAUGCCAAAAGCCUUAUAAGAAAGCAUCCUCAGUUGCAACAUAAAAGCUUAUCCAAAAUGAAUUUAAUGAUCGAUUUGUUGUGUAAACAAGGCUUUAAUGAAGACCAAAUAUGUAAAUCACCUAAAAUACUUUUGCACAGCACUGAAACAACAUUAGAACGAGUCAAACAAUUAGCUUCUUUAGGCAAAAUACCAAACAGAUUAUACAUUUUAACCAAAAGCCAAAAACUAUACACCCAAUACAUUGAAAAUCUGAUUAAAACCCAAAAAGAAUUAACUAAUUAACCAAGUAUAUUUUUCUCUCGAACCAUAUAAGAUUGUGAAUUGUAAUAAACAAAAAGUAUCACUGAAGAAAAUCUUGUUUGUAAUUCUAGUUGAUUCAAGUCGUGAGCCCACUCUACCCGGCCCCAUCUACCACUCUGGUAUUCUUCUUCCAGUCUGGACAAUAGAACUGCUUUUUCUGGUGUUAGGAACUUUUCAGUUGCGGCCAAAGUGAGAAUUACUGAUUUCAAUGUGUCCACACCAUACAUAAAAC